CAAAGCGAAUCAUGUGACUUUUGGCGUAAACAGGAAGCAGCUGAUGUUGAGUUCACUGCCUUGCUCACGCCAAGUAAUGCACACAAGUGUAUUGCUAAUAAGAAACAGAAACUGUAGUUGGACGCUGCUUGAAUUUAAGUAACUGCUCUACUUUGUCGGGCUGAAGGAGAGAAACGGGAGAAGUGCUGCACACACAGCCUGAAGUCAUCUGACCCGCAGCUCAGACCAGUGCCUCCACAUCGUGUCUGCUGAGGGUGAUGUCAGGCUCAGCAAUGAAGAAAAAGGUGCUACUGAUGGGGAAAAGUGGGUCUGGGAAGACCAGUAUGAGAUCAAUCAUCUUUGCCAACUACAUUGCUCGAGACACACGUCGCCUUGGAGCUACAAUUGAUGUUGAACACUCCCAUGUACGGUUUCUUGGCAAUCUGGUUCUAAACCUGUGGGACUGUGGAGGGCAGGACACGUUCAUGGAGAACUACUUCACCAGUCAGAGGGACAACAUCUUCAGAAACGUAGAGGUGCUUAUUUAUGUGUUCGAUGUCGAAAGCCGGGAGCUGGAAAAAGACAUGCAUUACUACCAGUCGUGCCUGGAGGCCAUCCUGCAGAACUCCUCGGACGCCAAAGUCUUCUGCCUUGUGCACAAGAUGGACCUGGUGCAGGAAGACCAGAGAGAUUUGAUCUUUAAGGAGCGUGAAGAAGAUCUUAAGAGACUCUCGAGACCUUUGGCUUGUACAUGCUUCAGGACGUCAAUCUGGGAUGAAACCCUGUAUAAGGCUUGGUCCAGCAUAGUUUACCAGCUCAUCCCAAAUGUUCAGCAGCUGGAAACCAACCUGAGAAACUUUGCGCAAAUCAUUGAGGCAGAUGAAGUCCUCCUGUUUGAGAGAGCCACCUUCCUGGUGAUCUCCCACUAUCAGUGCAAGGAGCAGCGUGAUGCUCACCGAUUUGAGAAGAUCAGUAACAUUAUCAAACAGUUCAAACUCAGCUGUAGUAAACUGGCAGCCUCUUUUCAAAGCAUGGAAGUGAGGAACUCCAACUUUGCUGCCUUUAUUGAUGUCUUCACCUCCAACACAUAUGUCAUGGUCAUCAUGUCGGAUCCUUCCAUUCCAUCUGCAGCCACUCUCAUCAAUAUCCGUAAUGCUAGGAAACACUUUGAGAAGUUGGAGCGGGUGGAUGGACCCAAGCACAGCCUGCACAUGCGAAUGCGCUAGACAGUUUGUGCCGGUGGAUCCUCGCAGCCAAUCAGCCCAUAGACCACAGGCAGCAUGUUGCAGUCGUCCAGCUCUCAUACAUUGGAGCAGCCCUGCACCGUUUCCUCUAUGUCUUCACAUUCAAUCACAGUUAUUAGGGGAAGAAAUCAUAUUUCCUUUUGGUCUAAUUUCUACAGUGUCUUCAGAUGUUAUGCAUUCUCUUGGAGUAUUUGUCCUAACUUUACACAUUAAAGGAAAAUGAAUAGGUAUAUUUACUUCACUUUGUCAUUCACAAUACAAAUGUUCACCCUGUGCAGUAACUCCCAGCGAUCAUGGGAUGUUAUGUCUAAAUGACAAGCAGCAGAUACUGUUUGAGUUUCAAAGGCUUUUUGUAAACUCUUACAAACAGUAGAUAUAAAGACAUGUGUUAUGUGUA